AGUUAGGGCGCGUAAGUAUGUUUUAUGUUGUGUAUUGUAAGUUGUCUAACAGGUCUUGCAAAGCACUUCUUACUUAACUUGGUGGUUAUUAUGUCGUAGAAGAAAGUAUUUACUAAAGCAGAGGGUGACAGUUUUACGCGGUAAUGUUCUUACUCAGUAUUAAUAAUGUGACCUGAUAAAGACGUGUUACUAGUAACUAGUUAGUACUGACUGGCUACAGUUUAGUAUUUUCCUCUUCCAGUUAAUGGUGAGUUUAAAACAAACCAGCCAUUACUUGGUAAAUAUAGAAUGCUGUUGAAAUCUAAUCGUAAUGACUGGUCUCUAAGACUCAUAUAUUUGUGUAUUACUCCAGAUACUCCUGAUCCUUCUUCAGUACUUAAAUGAAUUUUUCCAGAUUAGCUCCAGAUUAUUCAAUAUCUUGGUUAGACUAAGGAACUGAAUCAAAAGUGAACUGUGAAUUCAGUACAUGCAUUGCAUACGUGAUGAAUGAUGUGGUUUGUUUCAGGUUCCUUUUGUAGAUUCUUUGGUCGGGUUUUUGAUGAUGGUAGUCAAAAUUUAACACCGCCCUCUUGUGAGGAUGUUUUUAGUUCAAAUGUAAGGUAGUUCGGUAGUGACAGUUUGAACUACAGAAUAGCAAUGAGCUCAAAUCUCCUGUAGGUAGGUUGCUAGGCUUUGUGCAUAGCUUCUCUGCCAAAAUGCAGACAAUAUAACUGCUGUUGUGUAUGUUUCAUCUAUGUUUGUUACCGGUGAUGAGAUUUUUCACUGAGUAUCAGCACAUCAGACACACAAUUUCUCAUGUGGUCUGUAAGUUAGAGGUGUACUUUCGAGAGUGACGAUGUAGUUUGUGAACUUAAGUGUAAUGAUGUAGUAAGGGUUUUGUGUCUUCAGUCACUUAAUCUUCUACGUAAUUCUGGCAUGCGUUGCAAUUGCUUAUAUAGGAAUUUUAAAAAAUAAUAAAUUAUAUCUCUCAUAUUUCCGAAUCUCGUACAUCUAUUACUUUAUAGGCUAUGAUUCCUUGAAAAUGCUUGUAUAAAUACGGAUAUCCAGCCAUACUUUUAAAUGAACAAUUAACUUAUUCAAGAGUAAAUUACUUCAGUUCCAAGGAAAGUUGCCUUACUAACUAAUUUUAGUUUCGAUCAAAAGGAGUUUUAAAAUACUAUUUCGUUUGAUAUUUAGAGUCUAGUAGUUUAUGCUAAAGGUGUAUUAGCUGAAGUGAGAGUUACUUCAAUACACAAUCCUAGAUUAAUCGAUUCAAUUUGACAUACUAAAAUAACAGAAAUAAUUGAAAGAAGAGUGACAUUUCAUUGCUCGAAGACUAGAGAUUUUCAUGACAGUGAAGAUGACAACUCAAAUUCAUCUUUACCACUGUUGAUAACUUUGUUUAUUUCAUCAAAAAGCUUCAAUAUCAACUGUUAGCACCAUGAAUACUUUAAAAUAGCAGACUAGUCCUAUAGACGUAGUUCGGGUAAUGUUCCCGUCUGACUUCUGAACUUUCCUUUGACGUAAUUGAAGUAGGUUAGUAUUGCCUAUCAACAUGUCUAACAAGACUGAAUUUUGUGGGUAGUCUAGAACACUAGCAUUUCUCUUGGCAUUAAGUCAAGUUCUAAGAAAUCUUAUGCAUGUGAAUUCACCUUCAAUUCACGAAACGUUUCAAAAAAUAAAGUUGGUCCCUCCUGAUGGAUACCAUUCUCUAAGAGCGUGUAUCACUGUCAUCCGAAGGAAAGUGGUUGGUCAAAUUUGUCUUUAUAAAACUGACUUCAUCCGUAGUCUGAACAGGCAAGUGCUUUUAGCUGUUUCUUUUUAAAUGUCAGCUCAGUUGUAACCACGAAUUAACGGCGCUGCUUUUGAAUGGACUCGACAGUCUCUGACUGAGACUGCCUUUCCUUAUGUUUAAAGUUAGAUUUGUUUACGGUUUGGAAAUUUUUUACUGUUUGUUGGGAUGAGACUUCGCAGACAUUCCUGACGUCAUUCUGCUUGUGCGGACUUUGAUAUCACCUAAUAAUGUAAUCACGUAGUCAUUAAUUUGACGGCUCCUGAUAAUGUAUAGCUGUUACUUCGAGUACCGAUCGGUGGUAUAUGAGCGGAGAGUACGAAAAGUUAUUGACAAAUAUGUCAAUUAUUCAGUAUGCCUGCGAAUUUGUGUACCCGAAGAGCACUUGGAUUCCUUAUCCCAACAAUUAUUCACAAGUGGAUCUUGUAAAGGUGUUUUCAAGAUACGGUAUACAAACUAACGUCAAAGUGCUAAAGUUUCAGCUAGGAUUUUGAUACUGAUGUUUGAUCGCAUUAAUUUAAAAGGAAAGGAAUAAUGCUUCUAGGGCUCAAGCUGUUUGUAGCCGUCAGGAGUUAAGAGAAAUAUUAUUAGAAAUGGUAAAAUGUAAAGUUUAAAGAAAGCAGACUAGCAGCGACGAAGAAAGGAUUCUGAUAUGAGCAUGUGAGUGACAUUCUUUCCAGCUGCUAACUGUGGAAGUUGAUAACAAGAUGACAAACCAUAGUUACUCUGAGUGAUUUCCCAAUUACUGUUGUAGCUUUUACUAAACUUCCAAAAUAUGCGGAUGACUAAAGGGUAUAUUUACGUGUAUAGGAUGUAGAUUAGGUUGCUAUUUUUAAUGAUAUUAUAAAUAUCCUCCACUGCUUUAUCAAAGCCAAAAAAUUAGCUCUCCCUGAAGUGUUAUUUGUUUUUUGGUUUUAUGGGAUUAAUUUCCAAAUUCCACAAGCCUGAUUCAUUCUUCCUGUCAGCUGAUGUUUUGUACUCUGAAUGACUAUCCACAGCCUUUAUUGUCUUUCUAAUUUCUAAUAUUGACUGAUUAAAGGGUAGUAUGUUUUACUUUAUUAAGACUAUACAUCUAACAGUACCUUUUAACAAUAACAACUCUUUUGAAGUAAAUUUAUGUAGAAUUCUUCAUUAAUGUUAACUUGAAUAUAAAUGAGUUCUUUACAAAUAACAACGUAAGUGUAUGAAUAAUGCUUAUUUUAAUUUUAAAACAACCUUUUAUGAGAUGACAUAAUUCCUUUUCUGCAUUAGGAUCAUGUCAAAUAAAUUACUUUUUGGAAAGUCUCUAACCUCAUAUGAUGAGGAAGAUCUUGAUGAGUUGUUAUCCAAACUCACUCAAGAGGAAUUAGAACAGUUAAAUGAUGACUUUGAUCCAGACAAUUCUCUGUUACCACCAUCCCAACGAUGCCGUGAUCAAACUACUAAAGCUCCAACUGGACCAUUUGAUCGAGAAAAGUUAAUCAGAUAUCUUAUCGACAAAGCCAAAGCUGAAAAGGAUUGGGAAGAAGCUGUACCCUAUGAGAAAAAGACUAGAGGAAAAAUUUUCACGCCAAAGCAAAAUCUAUCAGAAAAUGCUAAAAAUGAAUUAUCUGAUAUGGGCUUCGAUGUAGAAUUUGAUGAAGAUGUUAACAAGGCUCUUGAAAAUGCUACAGAAGAUGAAUUAGUCGAUUUGGCUGCAGUUUUGGGUUUCACUGGGAUGUUGAAUCAAGUACAAUUUCAUGCCAGUUUAGAAGGUCGUAAAAUGGAGUUCGGUGGAUUUUCCGGUGUAGCUAAAGCUGAACGUCCAAAAAUUUUACCAGAUGAACCGCCUAAUUCUACUGAUGUAGAGGAUAGUAUUAAAAAGUUGGAAGAGAAUAAUCCAGAGUUGACCAAAUUAAAUUUGAAUAAUAUCAAGACAAUGAGUGCUGAAGUUGUCCAGCGUCUUUGUGCUGCUAUUACAAAGAAUACAAAAUUGAUUGAAUUACACAUGGCAGCUACGCGUUUAACAAAUUCAAUGAUUGAACCAUUCUUUGAUAUGCUACAAAAGAAUACAACACUGAAAGUAUUGAAUUUAGAGUCGAACUUUUUAACGGGUGUUAUUCUUGUUCGUCUGUUGGAGUCAAUAGCUCAUGAAAAAAGUGGUAUUACUGAUUUACACUUGGCUAAUCAACGUCAGUCUGUACUGGGUGUAAAAAUUGAACAGAAUUUAACUGAAUUGAUAUUGGCUAAUCCACGACUUGUUCGUUUAGGCCUUGAUUUAGACACAAGUGAUGCACGUGUACGCACACGAGAACAUGUCAAAGCAAAUUUAGAUCGUGUCUCCCGACAAAUUCGACGGAAUAAAAAUUAA